GUACGACUUCUCGGAUGUCAUUACCAGCCCCGUGGGCCGAGCUUGGGCUGCUGCUGAUGACAGAGUGGUCUUCGUGGAGAACCCGCAUUCGAGAGUGGUCGCCGACCCAAACCGGGAGCAAGGGGCUGAUAUGGAAGCUCUGCUGCGCCAGUGCUUUGCGCGGCUGCGGCAAGAUAGAGGUGCAUCUUUGGCAGGGGUGGAUCAGGUGAGGCCAGUGACAUUUUCUGGUGAAGACGUGAUACUGGAACCAACAGAGGCAGCAUGGCCUGAGCUGAUGAAAGCUUUGCAGACCUCAGCGAAGCUGGGGCCCUUGGCAUAUGAGGCGGCCAAAGACCGUGUUAUGGAGCUUGUCCUCAUAUCUCGACAUGCGCGGAGCCCCUUGACAGUGAUCGGCUUUCAUGACACAAACAACUGGAAGAUGAGGGCAGAUGGCGCCCUCGUGGUUGAACGGCCGGAGAAGGACAGAAUGCCUCCAUUCUGCAACUUUGGAAACCAAGGAGAUUUCGUAGGUAACGCGAAAGAAGGCAAGUCACUGCUGAUGCCUGCUACUGAAAUGCGUCGCGUCGCCAGAGCCUGGGCAGAAGCUUUCGACCAAGCGGCGGAGCAGGAUUUCCUGAAACCGAAAGACUUUGCGUAUAUGGAGCAGGUGUCUUUCAACCGACCCUACGACGGAGGCCACGAAGUACGAGACUGGGCAAGGCGCCUGCCGACCACGGAAACGCCACCGGCCAUCUUUCAGGUCGAGUUUGCUCGGAGUUUCCUCCUGGGACCAAAGGCUUCAAAAGAACUCCGAGAGCCCGACCUCUCCUGGCCGGCGGUGGAU